CAGAGGGUUCAUACGUACUUCUCAAACCGAAUUCCGCCCCUCCACACCCUCUCCACAAUCCACCACCUCUCACUAGUCCUCGGGCAGGAACACCGUCUUUCCAUAGUACUUUCCCUUCUGAUCAAUUCUUAGGCCUUAUGCGCAAAAGUCAGCCGCUAAUGAACAUGGUGCUGGUACUUGUACAAUAUAUGGUGUUGAUCAGCGGAGACGCUAUCAUGAAACAACGCAAUUACGCACUCUUGAAACUCGAUUCAAAUGACGUGCAAAACCUAGAGAUCGGCAGGUUCAAGUCGACAUUGAACGCCACACAAGUUGUAUGCCGUAUGCACCACCGCGGACGCCAAGUUUCGAUACUUCUAGGAAGUCCCGCUGAAUCAGUGCAAGUGCAAGUAACAUGCAUGUUCCUAUUCGGUUCAGAGUGUACAGUACCACCAGUGGCGCGACUCAAAGCAGGGGAUCAAAAGCUCCAGAACUCAGAUCAAGCGUGUGUGACGUACUCUCAGAUCGAAACGACUACAUUGUAGAUCGUGGCAUUCAGCAACAAACACGAAGGAUCAGACCACAAGAAAACUACAACGCCUGCCACGUACGCGCCGGCCCGCCUGCCGUUCUUGUCUUGUCUUCUCAAGCGCCAAAUCGAACACUGAAGUAUUGAUACAUUUAGACCGUUCGGUGUGGGGCUAGGGUAGCAUAGUACGUUAAGGGAAUUCACGGCGAGGCGGAAAAAUCAAGAUGGUUAACCGCGGAUGAGUGCCUACUACUAAGUGAUGUCGACCAAAAUCCUUUGAACCCCGCUAGUUGAGGCAUAACGGGUUUUCUUG